CGCAGUGCUCGCCAUUCGAAACGAUGUUGGCACUACUGGCCGUGUUCGCGGCAGCUGCUUCACUGCUACUGCUACGACGCUACGUCCUCAAUAUAAGAACACGAAGCAAUCAGAGGAGAGAAUCCGUGUUCAAGGAACUAGGCACGAGCGGAGACAAGCGCGUUGUCGGUUUCUUCCAUCCGUACUGUAAUGCAGGAGGCGGUGGUGAACGCGUACUAUGGACUGCCAUCGCGUCCAUGCAACGUACCGAACCCGACGUGAUCAGUAUCGUCUACAGCGGAGACGUCGACGCCUCUAAACAGGAGAUUAUCCAGAAGGUCAAAUCUAGGUUUGACAUUGUUCUCUCCCCGGACACCCUCCACUUCGUCUGGCUUCGGAAGAGACAUCUCGUGGAAGAUGCAACAUGGCCGCGUUUCACGUUGCUCGGACAAAGUCUUGGAUCAAUGGUGCUUGCUUGGGAAGCAAUGAACGCAAUAAUUCCAGAUCUCUUUAUCGACACGAUGGGCUACGCAUUCACAUUCCACGUCGCAAUCCUCCUCGGCGGUAUCCCCGUAGGCGCAUACGUGCACUAUCCAACGAUCAGCACCAACAUGCUCGCUCGAGUCAAAUCCCGCAAGGCCGGGCACACGAACUCGGACGCCAUCUCGUCCUCGUCUCUCCUCAGCCAAGGCAAGCUUCUAUACUAUCGCAUCUUCAUGUACUACUACGCCCAAUCGUUGCGGCGCGCGUCCUUCCUCAUGGCCAACUCAUCCUGGACCAAGGGCCACGUCGAUUCAAUCCUGCAGCACAACGACACGCUGCUCGACUUUGUGCACCUCUUCAGUCCUUUUGCGCUCCUGCGCCUUUAUCUGCAACCCAGCCAUCAGCCUCCAAGGGAGGCGAAGAUUGUCUAUCCGCCCUGCGACACCCGCGAGAUGGCGACGUUCGCGCUGGAAGCACGGGAACCGGUCGUCCUGAGCAUCGCGCAGUUCAGGCCGGAGAAAGACCACAAGGCGCAGCUGCGUGCGUUCGAGACUUUCGUGCGCAAGCAUCCCGAGUACAAGGCGCGAGGUGUCAAGCUCGUGCUCAUUGGUGGAAGCCGCAAUGCCGAGGAUGCCGCUCGCGUCGACGGGUUGCGCGACUUCGCGAAGGAACUCAAGAUCGAGGAGUACGUGGAGUUCGUCGUCAACGCGCCUUACCCGGAGAUGCUCCGAUGGCUAUCUCGCUCCAGCAUCGGUCUGAGCACGAUGGUCGACGAACAUUUCGGCAUCAACAUCGUCGAGUUCAUGGCAGCAGGCGUCAUACCAGUGACCCACGCCUCUGGCGGCCCGCUCAACGACAUUGUUGUGCCCUUCAACGGCAAGCCCACAGGCUUCCACGCUACGUCCCCGGACGAAUAUGCCGAUCAUUUUCAUACCAUCUUUAGGAUGAGUCCCGACGAAGAGCUCGAACUCCGUCUGCGCGCACGCACUUGGGCGGUGCAGCGCUUCUCCAACGAGGAGUUUGAGAAGGGAUGGAACGACAGCGGGUGGAAGAAGUGGCUGAAUACCAGCGCGUAAAUGAUGCAUGGUUAGCAUCUAGUGCAUCCCAAGGUGGCUUAGUUGAUCACCGUUUAGCUUGUCCGCAUACUUCUAUAGCCCGCAAUUGAGCCUUAGAGUUCAUACACUGCGUUCCCCAUCUAGUUGACCCUCACCUACAGUAUGAUGAACUGUAUAUACGAUCGGCGUGACUAUCGAAAAUGACUACUACAAAUGUUGUAGCGAUG